AUAAAAAAAACACUCAACUCUCAAACAGCAAACCACCUCCUAUGGCUGACGCGGAGUCUCCUUCUCCUCCUCCUCCGCCUCCGGCGGAUCAACCUGAUCCUCCAUCUUCGCCUCCUGAACUUGCCACACAACCCGAUCCUACUCCUCCCGAGCCGUCCCCAACACAACCCGAUCUUCCUCCUCCGCAUCGAUUCGACCCCAGCCGAAUGAUUGGCAUCAUCAGAAGGAAGGCUUUGAUUAAAGACUUAGCUGCCGUCUACCACGCAGAGUGCCUUGCAUACUGUCAGGAACUUUUGGAACUCCAGAGAAAAUGGGAAGAGCCAUGUGUGAACAUAAAAACUACUGAGGAUUCAAGGAAAGAAACAAUGAGGCCCCCCAAACGCAUAAAGAAAUCGCGCUAGACGCCAUUUUGAAUUCUGAUUUACUGUGGGAUGGGCUAUGGUGGUGCCACAGACACAUCCAGCAGGUUGCCAAAAAAAUUGGUAUUUAAGUAAUUUGCACUGCACCCUGCAAUUCUGGUGCUAUGUAGUUGCAAGCCUUGCAUUCUGUAAAAUUAGAAACCAAAGUUUGGCAUUAUUUUGUCAAGCUAAAAGUUUUCUCCAGUGCUUUAUUAAUUGUUUAGCUGGUAGUAUUAUUUGUUGUUGGAGCAUUUGUGCUUAUGGCUGCAGUAAUAACGUUGGAGUUUCAGGACGAUCCCCAACGUUGCAUCAAAAGCAGCGUUGGAUGACUUUGUUCUUACAGAUACGAGAAGAGGCUAAACACAAGGGACCUAUUUGAAAUCUGUAUUAGCAUUGGUGUGUUAGCUAAACGCGAUAGAUGAUAUUCCUACUUAUUGGAGAAGGAGAUCGAGAUUUGAAAAAGAUGCGACUUCUGGCCAAGUGAAAGCCCAAAUUCAAAAAUGUCUACAUGAUUUUGCUGAUGUUAACGACUUGUAUACUGUAUAUUUUACAUUCCUGUUUACAGAUGUACUUUUAAGACAGAUGCAUCAAUUCAUAUGGUAGUGAUCACCCUUUCCAUGUCAA